AUGGCCAUCUUGAAUUUCACUCUCAGCCCCGAAUCAUUCAGCAAGUUGCAUGAUGCUCUUGUCUGUUUGGGCAAGUUCAGCGAAGCAGUUUCAAUAGAAGCAUCUCAUGACAAGCUUGUUUUGACUGCUCUCAACACCUCAAAAUCUGCAUACGCCUCUUUUAAACUCACAGGCAAUAAGUUCUUCUCCAAGUACCAGUUCAAGCCUCCCAGGUCUGGUACUCAGGCCAAGGAUAAAUUCUACUGCAAAAUUUAUAACAAGGCAUUAUUGUCUGUAUUCAAGGGACGUGGUUUCGACCCCACCAGGGAGAGAGACACUGCAAUCGAAAAGUGUGAGAUCUCUGUCGAAGACGGAGAAGGGCAGAAAAGCCGAUUCGUAAUCAAGAUCAUUUGCAGACAUGGCGUGAUCAAGACUUACCGCUUGACUUUUGAGUCUAUUGCACCAAUGCAUGCCUUCUUUGACAGGGCGAUCGCCAGGAAUAGCUGGUCAAUUUCUUCAAGGACUUUGCGAGAAUUCGUCGAACAUUUCGGAUCUGGUACGGAGCAACUCGAUAUCUAUUCAGAAGAUGGCCGUGUCAGUCUCACGAGUUACACUGAGAAGAUCAUGUCUGGAACCGAGAUAUUAAAGCAACCACUGCGUACUACAAUUGCAAUAGAUACCUUGGAAUUUGCCGAAUUUUCUGUCGAAGAGCAACUUCAUAUCGUUAUUAGUGUCAAGGAUUUCAAGUCAAUUAUCACACAUGCUGGGAUCACCAAUACGAUUGUGACAGCUUUGUAUUCUCGCCCGCAAUGCCCAAUGCAACUGACAUACAGCGACGAGGGCAUGACAAGCGAGUUUAUCCUGAUGACUACUGGGGAGGUUCGGGGUCUUUCGCAGGCACCUACUCCUGACGCAUCUAGAGCUGGGUCUAAAAGGCCUGCUACUAGACAGCCCCUUGAAGCGAAAUCGAAUUCAGAGAUGCCACCUCCACCAGCCAGUGCUGCACCAAGCCGGGUACGAGAGGACGCAAACAAAAGGGCCCCGAGACCGUCGCCACCUCCUCCGCAGCCUAGCAUCCAGGCCAACGAGCUCUUCAUGACUCAAAAUGACGAAGACCGAAGAUGGGACCCGGUCAAUGACGAUGAUGACGAACCGAUGCUACUUUGGGAUACCGGAGAGGUAGAUAAUAAUCCGAUGACUAUGAAUUCAAGUCGAAACCCGAACCAAAGCCAGAGCAUCAACGGGCCGCCGGUGAAUGAGGGAGGAGACUCAGAUGCAAAUUUAAUCCCCACACAGCGUCUUCCACCAACUCAACGUCUUUCAGAGGUCAAGGGAAUGUUCGAUUGA